GCCCGCGAGCGGGGAGCGGCGAUCGAGCCGUCUCCUUUCGGGCCGGGGCCGCGCGCGGCGCUUCCCCGCAGCCGGGGCUGGCCUGGGCUGGGCCGAGCAAGGCGGGCGCCCGCGGGCGGCAUGUGAGGCCAGCAGGCGCCGCGCAGCUCCCGCAGCGGCCCCGGCAGCCGCCGCCCGGGCACCAUGAAGAAGUUUUCUCGCAUGCCCAAGUCUGAGGGGAGCGGCGGCGGUGGAGGGGGGAGCGCGGCGGUCGUCGGCGCGGGCGCGGGCGGAGGUGGAGGCGUGGGCGGCGGCGGCUCGGCCGUGGGCAAGGUGGUCAGCGUGGGGCGCUGCCAGGUCACCCUGGAGGAGCUGCUGGCGGAAGGUGGCUUUUCCACAGUGUUCUUAGCGAGGACCCAUGGUGGAAUGCGUUGCGCAUUGAAACGAAUGUUUGUUAAUAAUGUGCCUGAUCUCAACAUCUGCAGAAGAGAAAUUACAAUUAUGAAAGAGCUAUCUGGACACAAGAAUAUUGUUGGCUAUUUGGAUUGUGCAAUUAAUCCUGUCAGUGAUAAUGUAUGGGAGGUGCUGAUUUUAAUGGAGUAUUGUCGAGCGGGUCAGGUUGUGAAUCAGAUGAAUCAGCGUCUGCAGACGGGGUUUACGGAGUCAGAAGUGCUGAGGAUAUUUUGUGACACUUGUGAAGCUGUUGCCAGACUGCAUCAGUGUAAAACCCCCAUAGUUCACCGGGACCUCAAGGUAGAGAAUAUCUUAUUAAAUGACAAUGGAAACUAUGUCCUUUGUGACUUUGGCAGUGCCACUAACAAAUUCCUUAAUCCCCAAAAAGAUGGUGUUAAUGUAGUUGAAGAAGAGAUUAAAAAGUAUACAACCCUGUCAUACAGAGCUCCUGAAAUGAUUAAUCUUUAUGGAGGAAAACCAAUUACUACCAAGGCAGAUAUCUGGGCACUUGGCUGCUUGCUGUAUAAACUUUGUUUCUUCACGGUUCCUUUUGGAGAGAGUCAGGUUGCUAUUUGUGAUGGAAGUUUUACCAUUCCAGACAAUUCUCGGUAUACCCAUCAUGUCCAUUGUUUGAUAAGGUACAUGCUGGAACCUGAUCAAGAACGGAGACCUGAUAUCUUUCAAGUAUCUUAUUUUGCCUUUAAACUUGCCAAAAAGGAUUGUCCAUUGUCCAAUAUUAAUAAUUCUUCUGUCCCUUCAACUCUUCCUGAACCCAUGACAGCUAGUGAGGCAGCUGCUAGGAAAAGCCAAAUAAAAGCCAGAAUAACAGAUGCCGUUGGACCAACAGAAACCUCAAUUGCACCACGACAAAGACCAAAGGCUAAUUCGAGCACUGCCACUUCUAGCGUGCUGACGAUCCAGAGUUCGGCCACACCAGUGAAGGUACCGGCUGCUGGUGAACUUGGUAACCGUAUGCAAAAAGGAACCAUGCAACCUGGAAAUGGACAAGAUAUCUUGUUGUCCCAAGGGACCAAUCAGCACCCUUCUCAACAAAAUAGAGUAUUGCAGCAAUUGCAGCAGGGGGAUUGGAGAUUACAGCAACUGCACCAUUUACAGCACCAGCAGCAACAGCAGCAACUACUUCAAGAUGCUUACAUGCAACAGUAUCAAGCAAUGCACCAGCAGAUGGUCCAGCAGCAGCUCUUGAUGCAAUCUGUGUACCAGCAGCAGCCUUCCCAGUCCCAUUAUCCUGCCAUGGUGCAGCAGUACCAACAAGCUCUCUUACAGCAGCAGAUCCUUGCGCAGCAACAGCAGUCACAGUCCCCUGAAUAUCUUACCUCUCCUCAAGAGUUUUCACCAGCCUUAAUCUCCUACUCGACAUCUCUUCCAACCUGUGUUGGAGCAGUGAUGGAUUCCCCUUACACUACCAGUAGGUCAGCCAUUCCUGAUGCAGAGGCAGUUUCCAGUUACCCAAAGCAGAACAUCAAUAACCCACCUGAUAUGUCAGGUUGGAACCCAUUUGGAGAAGAUAAUUUCUCUAAACUAACAGAGGAGGAGCUGCUGGACAGAGAAUUUGACCUUCUGAGAUCAAAUAGGCUCGUGGACAGGAGAGCAUCCUCAGAUAAGAAUGUGGAGCCACUUUCUGCUCCACAGAGCAAUUCUCCAGAAGAUCCCUUUGGUUCUGUACCUUUCAUUUCUCACCCAGGUUCCCCAGGAAAGGCAAUUAAUACCUCAGCCAGCAAUCAAGAAAAUAAACCCAGGGAAAACAAGUCCAUUCAGGGCUCGAGAGAUGACCGGCCAGGAAGGAAGACUACAGAAGGACAAGUGCAAAAAGGGAGUGAUGAGUCAGAGAGUGACUUUGAAUCUGAUCCUCCUUCUCCCAAAAGCAGUGAGGAAGAAGAGCAGGAAGAUGAAGAAGGUUUACAAGAGGAGCAUGGAGACUUUAAUGAUGACAAUGAUACAGAACCUGAGAACUUAGGCCAUAGGCCACUCCUUAUGGAUUCUGAGGAUGAAGUAGAAGAGGAGGAAGAAGAAAAGCAGAGCUCUGAUUCUGAUUCUGAUUGCACCAAGCAUAAACCUGUGGAAAGGAUCCCUUGCAAUAAGUACAGAGAAAGGCCUGGUGAUGAUGAAGACAAGCAAGUCAACAUAAUGCUCACUUCCUUAUCUGAACUACCAAGUACUGUGGCCAAGGUGAGCCCUGAUCAAGAAUUUGAUGCGUUUGGCGCUGUCCCUUUCUUUGCUCUUCACCCUCAAUCUCAAUCAAGAGAAAAGAAUAAUAAAGAUUUCUCUCCUCAGACUACUUUUCCUGGCCUGGGCCAAGAGCAAGAUGACUUCGAUGUCUUCACCAAGGCGCCAUUCAGCAAGAAGGUGACUCAACAAGAUGGCCAGAUUGCAGGACCUGAGACCCAGAUUGUCUCUGUCUCUCCCCAAAGUGUGGAUAUUUUUGGCUGCACCCCAUUCCAGCCUCUCCCUACCCCUAAGAGCAGUGAGAGUAAAGAGGACCUGUUUGGGCUGGUCCCCUUUGAGGAGAUAACAGGCAGCCAGCAGCAGCAAAAAGUGAAGCAGCAGCGAAAUUUGCAGAAACUUUCCUCCCGUCAAAGGCGUAUGAAACAAGAGGUGUCCAAAAGCAAUGGGAAGCGGCACCACGGCACCCCAACGAACACCAAGAAAACUUCAAAACCCAGCUUCCGCACACCUGAGAGAGCCCGCAGGCACAAGAAAGCUGGUCGCAGGGACUCCCAGAGCAGCAAUGAGUUCCUAACGAUCUCAGACUCUAAGGAAAACAUAAGUGUUGGAUUGACCGACAGCAAAGAUCGAAGCAACCCUCUGCAAGUGGAUGAGAAUCUGCUGGACCCGUUCGGGGCUAAACCUUUCCACCCACCAGACUUGACGAGGCACCCCCAGCAUCAAGGACUUGGUGACAACCGUGGGGAACAUAACACAGUAGUGGUGCCAGGUAGACCUAGACAGAGCUCCCUACAUGGGCCUAUUCACAGUGGCGAUGGGCUUAAAACAGAUGACUUUGGCGCAGUACCCUUUACAGAACUGGUUUUGCAGAGUGCGCAGACCCAGCAGCAGCAGGCAUUAGAGUUAGAUCCAUUUGGGGCAGCUCCAUUUCCUUCCAAACAGUAAUUGCUUCCAACAGAUUCAUGCUGAUUCUCUCUCUCUCUCUCUCUCUCUCCCAUGCUUGUUCUCAUUCUCUCCAUUAUUUAACGUCAGUUUUAAAUAGUACAAUAAUUCACCCAGUUGAAUUGACAGGAAAAUGAUUCUUUUUGUAUAGUUUAUUCAGACUCAGUAAGUACUCCACAGCCAGCACACACCCCCAUCCCUUAAAAUCAUGAGAUUUUGCAUAGAGAAAAAUGCAAAAAAGCCCCCCCAAACAAAUCAGCAAAAAAAUCCAAACAAUAAAACAAAAACAACAAAAACCAGGAGGAGAAGCAAGUAUUUCACUAGGACAACAGAUUCCCAGAGCCCAUGAGGAAUCUGAUGCAGGUAAUUCAGAAUCAUUCUGCACUUUUGUAUUGCUUUUUCACUCUGGCAGUACAAAAGAGAAAGUCAUGGAGCAAGGUCUACCAUAAUGUGUUUAGUUGACCUAACAAUAUAGAAUCUUGUCUUCAAAUCAUUGACUAUCUCUGAAUCCAGAAUAGAUCUAGGAACCUGUAUGUGCUGGGACCCAUAUUGAUCUGCUGGAAGUUUUGGAGUCUAUUCUUGCCAAGUGAAAACUACCUUUCCUGAUCCUAAGAGAAAAAGAAAAAAAGCCAACUCCUUAAAGGAGUGCGGUGGUGGCUUGAACUAAUGCAGCUCUGUGCACAACUAGAGACGAAAGGCAGAUUUUUUUUUUGUGCCUAAAUGUUUUAAUUUUUUUACAGUAAGUGCCAUUAAUGUAAAAUAGCAAACUGGAAGCCUAGGGUAAAAACUAAAGAUACAGAGAAUAUAUUGAUUUGCUAGGUAAAUGUGUGAAUGUAGGGAAACAAGAUAGCAGGGAUACAGGCAGCAUUUGCAGCACUUUGAAGACUACGCUGGAGAAGAGGAACUUGUUGACCUGGAUGAACUAUCUGGCACAGCAGGAAUAUGUUAUAUCAUUGGUAGAAUUGACAGUGAAUGCAAAAAAUGCAAAGAUGACCAUAGGUUUUAUUCAAUUAUGCAUUAGAGUUCAUGUCUGAAAGUACCUUUUUUUCCUCUUGCAUUUUUAUUCCAAAAGAACUCUGUAUUCCUUACAAAUUAUGUUUUUUAAACAAAUAAUAAUUCUAUGAAUUGACUGUCACCUAAUAUUCUUUAAGUUCUGACAAAUCUAUUAUUGUAAUAUAGUGUAUUUUAUAAGGAAGUUUCUGCUAACUGCACUGAGAUACAAAGAAAUAACAUCCUGAAACCAGACAAUUUCAUAUAAGAAGCAGAAAGCAGCAAGUAGCUUGCAGAUGCUGAUUACUAUUCUACCAGUAAACUGCAUUUCACACCACAAAGCCUUACUGGCAGGACACAGCCUGCUUACAAAGUACCUCUGAGCCAAUUGGUGCAUGAGACAUUGCUAAAAGCUUACAGUCCACAGUGUGUCAGCAGAUGAUGGGAUGGUAAUAUAAAUCUACUUGUUAAAGCAUGAUUUGGUUACCUGUGUUAAGCAAAUAGAAAAGUAUUUUCUUUAUAAAGGCCUGGUUCUCCAAUGUCCUGCACCUUGGGCAUAGUUACUUAACACCAAUUGUGAAGUGAGUGAAAAAUCAGAAUAGUAGAUUGUGACAUUCUUUUUGUAUUCGUUUUUAACAUUAUCUAGUUGAUGACUAGACAUGGUAGAAGGAAUCGGGCCCUGGGUAUUUCAGCGUUGUUUUUUGCUCUGAACAUAGAUAUUUUGCAAAAAGCCUAAUCUUUUACCACAUGAGGGGCACAAAUGAUUGAAGUUUACAUAUAGAUGCAGUGGCUGUUCCAUCAUAUACUGUAGAUGAUAAACAAAUUAUCUAGAUUUAUGCAUUUUUUCUGUGUUUUAUUAACACAAGCAAGGUUAAAUUAGAUACAGACUUCUCCAAAGAUUUUGCAGAGAGGUUUGGAUCUCAUUAAGAAAAACAACGUUAAAACAAGUCACUGCUCUCUUUUGGGAGUUUAAGUUUUAUUCGACGAUGCUUUGUUGGAAUGAGCGAAAGCCACUGAUAAGGAAAAUGUUCAGAUCUCCCCUGGUCUAAGAUUUGGGGAAGAGGAUGAAACACAAACAUGGAUCAUUUCCUUUAUUGUGGCAAAAUAGAUGAAAUUCAAAUACAAAGCCUUGUUCAGUUAGGGAUGUUCUGCUUAAAAAGUUUAGCUUUGAAGACCUGGACAGACAUAAUUAAACUUGUAUUGAAUAGUUUUAUUUUACGGUUUUUCCCCUAUUAUUCUCUCCUUUUCUUGUGCCAAAGGCUUUAAGAAGCAAACAUGAUGUUUGCAGGGUGAUUUCCCCCCCCCCCCCAGGUUAACUGUGAUAUUUUUUUUUUUAAUCAACUGCUUUCUAAUUGCUUUCAAAUAUUUCUUUAUCCAAAUUGUACUUGCUUGCUUAAUUAAUUUCUGGAAAAGGUUAAUUCCAAAAAUGACCAGAAACCAGAUUUCUUAAAUAAAUCCAGAAACAGACUGGAAAAUUAUAGUAAGUGAGGCCUAGAACAAUAUGGUCAUUGUUUCCAUUUGCAUAAAAUGAUCUUAAGGGUUGGCCAAGCUUUUGUGUGCAAUUCCUGAACUUCCUAUUUUUUUUUCUUUGCUCUUUGAUCACGUCUAUACGAGAUGUUCACUGCGCAGUAACCCAAGACUACUGUGCAGUAGUGUCGCAUCGCUUCUGCCAUGCAAUGCUACUAAACAGUAGUCUUGGGCUACUGCACAGUCAGUAUCUCGUGUAGACGUGGCCUUUGAUACCUUAUGUGGGAAUUUUAUUUCCGAAUUUAACAGUCCACACAAACAGGUGGUGUUUGGAUCUGCUUUCUCUACAGUAAAAGGUGGUUUGCUGCCUUUAUUUCAGUGGGAGGACCACUGCCCCCCCAAAAGGGAGGACAGACAGCCUGUGAACAUUGUCACCCCAUGUGGAUUUUUCUGUUAAGACACUUACCCUACAGUAUGUCAUGGUUGAAGAAUAUGAAAUAUUUCCUUCUUUCUUUUCAUCUCCUUGGUUUUUGAACUGCUUUCAGCGGUCAAUAGAAGGUUAGAUUAGAUCAAUCAAGGGUAGAUUAAACCGAUCAUAAAAUGAAGCUCAAGAACAAACAACUGAGGGAGAUGAAAAGUAAUGGAAAACCACGUAAUUCCAAAAUUGACACAUUUCUGUGGCCACUAACUGCUUCUGGCUACCAGUCUUUCCUUCCUAAUGGCCUUAAUAAACUUGGCUUUCUGAAUUCUAUUUAUACAAGUGUUUUGCAUAAAUGACUUAUUUUUAAUAUGUUUCUGUAGUUAGAUUUUUUUUUCAAUUGAACAGAGAUUAUAUUAGCAUGGCUCACAAAAUUGGCUUGGCCUAGUUUGUUGUGUGGUAAAGUUGGGAUGGGACGAUACUGAGCUUAAGUUUAGUUUCCAUUAAGAUCAGUUAUUUAAUAGAAACAAAGCAACUGGUAUCAUUGGGGAAAAUAACAUACCUUUUACCUGUACUCUGUGUGUGUGUGUGUGUGUGUGUGUGUGUGUGUGUGUGUGUGUGUGUGCGCGCGCGCGCGUGCGCACACACACACGUGCGCGCAUUUUGAAAUUGGUAAUAUCAUGACCUUUCCUGAAAUCCCAGGAAGACCAUGCUGUGUUAGGUUUGUUCUACUGCCCCAUGAGACAACAACAGGAAGGGAUUGUCAGAAUUCCCCAUCCCUCCCUUCCACCCUUCACCAACAGGAAAUAGAAGUUAAUGGCUAAUGCUUUAUUUUGGUGCAUGAAAGGCAGCAAGGCAAAUCUUCAAAUAUCAGCCACUAGCUGAUUUUCUAAGACAUACAUAUCCUGUCAGAAGGUACUAAUAAGCCCUUCAGGGCUAAGGGCAAUAGUCACUGAAAAAAAUAAGUCUAGCAUCUCUGGAAAUGCCAAAACAAGAGAUUUGAGAAAUCUGCUUUGCCUGCCCAAUACAGGAGCUGGACUUAUUUUAGUGAGUCUUGUCCUCAAAUAAAUCCCUUUUUGUUGUUUAGGUGUUAGUAAGAUGAGAUACCUACUGUGAAAAUAAGUUGAUAUAUUUACUACUGUGAGAAUAACAAAAUAGAGUUUAUCUGGAGAUUUUUGUACUAUGUUGUGUAUUUUUAUAUAUAUUAAAUACAUAUAUAAAUAUACACAUGCACGCACACAUCACAUAUAUCUCUUGGAGUUGAUGUGAUUUUUAAAAAAAAUAUAUAAUUGCAGCCACAAUCAUUUUCAUUGUGACUGGAAGAGUGAAUCUGAACAAAAGCCACUAAGAGUGAUGGGGGGAGAUAAAGCACGCAAGAGGGUGGCUGCUCAGUUAUUUUUCUACAGUGCUUUUUUUUUUUUUUUUUUUUUUUUUUUUUUUUUAAGGAAUAUCCAAUAAAUGUGUUUAGCUAAGUUUGUGUGACUAAUAGGUCACCUGCUAGUAAACAGCAUACAAGCUAUUUUUAAAUUGCUGGCAUACAGCUUUAAGUGCACUUUCCUGAAUUACACUUCCAUUUCUUGUUAGACUUGAAGUUUCUAAAGCUUUUUUUGUGUACCACUAAACAGAGGACUUUAACUUUUCUGUGAAAUUGAUGUACGUCAUAAAAUACUUGCAGUUGUUAUUAAAAAAAUAAACAAAGAUGACAGUGA